AAGAAUAAUAAUCACAAAGAAACAAAACGAUCGCCAUUUUGGUUAGAGAACACACAAAACAAAAAUGGCGAUCGUGAGUCCCAAUUUCUGUGCACCCUACCCAAUAGAGUUGGGGAUCGUACGCAAGGUGAUGACUAUAACAGAUGGUAACUUCACCGUCACCGACGCCAACGGCAAUCUCCUUUUCAAGGUCAAAGAACCUUUGCUUAGCCUCAGCGACAAACGGGUUUUGUUGGACGCAUCAGAUAACCCUAUCUUGACUCUCCGAGAAAAUAAGGUGAGCUUGCAUGAUAGGUGGCAAGUAUUUAGAGGAAAAAGUACGAGCCAGAGUGAUCUAGUAUACACAUUGAAACGAUCGUCGAUGAUUCAAAUUAUGAAGCCAAAACUAGACAUUUUCUUGGCUCAAAAUAAAGAAAUGAAGGUAUGCGACUUCCAUGUCAAAGGAAGUUGGAUCGACCGGUCAUGUGUCGUUUACGCCGGCAAAUCUGAUGUCAUUGUUGCUCAGAUGCACAAGAAACAUACCGCACAAAGCAUAUUAAUUGGGAAGAGUAAUUUCUCGGUUACGGUCUAUCCGAAUGUUGACUUUGCCUUUAUAGUCUCUCUCAUUGUAAUUCUCGAUGACAUUAACAAGGAAGAUUCCGAAGACUAAAAUUAUUUUUCCCAGCAAAAUUAUUUUGUGCGUUGCAAAUACUUGAAGUGAUAUAUAAUACUGUGAUAUCAUUUUUUAUUAUUUUU